UGUAAUCUUAAAGAUAGUAUAAAUGGAUCAACAAUUAAUUCUAGUCAAUUAGAAUUCAAACAAUCUGAUGAAUUAUUUAAUUCUUUUGAACCUAUUUCUGGAUCUUAUAAUAAUAAUAUACAAUCAGAUGAUAUGGAUAAUACUAAUUUGUUAAUUGAGGAAAUAAUUGACCUUACAAAUCCAGCUUUCAUUGGCAAUAAUAAUUUAUUUAUUGGAAGUCAAGAUACGGCAUUAAACUAUAAUACUCAAUGA